AUGCUGCUCACGUGGGCGCUCUACGCGUACAUGCCUGUAGCACUGCACCUCUUUGUGUCGCGGCGGCAGCUCUCGUCCAUCAAGUACCGCGAGCCGCUGCCGGUGAGCCUCUCAGCGCUCUUCUUUAGCGUCUACACGCUCUGCGUACCGCCGCUCGUGUGCUUUGGCGGACUCUCGUCCUAUACGCUCGCCCUCUUCUUCGAGUGGAUCCUCCUCCUCACAGGCCUCGUCACGUACCUCCUCACGCAGUGCAUCCUCGUCGUCAAAUUUCACAUCACCGAGGUGCUCAUGGACCCCGUGCAGGCCACGGUGCUUCGCGUCGGACGCAUCAAGUACCUCCGGUGGCUCCUCUACCCGCGCUUCCAGCUCGUCGUGUGGGCGACCGCGACGACGCUCGUCAAUACACCGUUGGUUGUCUUUGCGAAUACUGUCGCGUCGGUCAACACAACGGUCGCUGACUUCAACCAAAGCGACGGGCUUGGCAGCAUCGGGCGCCUCCGAUUGUACGCGGGCAUCGAGACCGGUGCGCUCAUUCUCGCCUCGUACGCCCUCGCGCGCUCGAUGAGCCGCAUCGUCGACAACUUUGGGUUGAAAGAAACGUACGCACGCGCGGCGCGGGUCAUGGCGAUAGGCGUCGUCCUCUACGCGGCUGUGACGCUCCUCGCCGCCUACGGCGUCGUGCCCGGCUUUGAUGCGUACCACGUGCCGACGCUGGUCGGGCUCCAUACCGCGCACGCGGUGUUUGCGAUCACGAUCGUGCUCCCGCUGCGCGCCUCGUACUUGUGCAAGGAGGCGCACAAGGACCUAAAGGCGCGACUGCGUCAGACCAAGCGCGACGUGGACCAGCUCGAGUCGAUGGUGCUGUACCGGUACUUGAACACGGACGCGGGUUUUGGCGACUUUUUGGCGUUCUCCAAGAAGGAGCUCUGCGCCGACGCCCUCUUGGCGUGGCGUGAAGUCCAGCGCUACAAGGAAGGCGGUGUCGCGAUCGAGCACAUUUACGCCACGUGCUUGGACGCAGGGUGUUCAGUUCCAAGUCAAUAUCGCACCGACCGUCCGGCGCAUAAGCUCUCGAUUUCGUUCCAACGCUUUCACCGAGUGCUGCCAGACGCGGCGCUCAAGCUGGCAGCACCGACGCACCACCUGUCGUCCGUCGCGCCCAUCGUGGACCACCGCACGUCGCUGCAGUCCCACGGCCACCGCCUGCCGUCGCAGGGCACGACGACGAUCGCGGACGACUACUCACGCAUGAGCGUCUCGCGCAACAAGCACGAAAAGCUCUUUCACCCGCUGGGCGCAGAGUUCCUCCGCGUCAUCUACAUGGACGUGCUUCCUCGCUUUGAAGAGCACGCGGCGACGGACGCGUGGGUGACGUUUCGGAACCGGGAAAAAGCCAUGCUGUCUCUGGACACGCUCGAGCACAUGAUCGAUGGCACGAUCCAACACGGCGCCGACAUCGCCCAGCGCGGCAGCAUGCCUUGCAUCGCGGACCUGCCUCGGAUACAAAAGAUGCUGGCGCGGCCUGCCGACGAGUACUCGUAA